AUGAAUACAGUAAAAUUUUUAUUGACAGUUAAUCUUUUUAUAUUUUUUGGUUUGUAUUUUGAAAAAUAUUUCAGCAACUAUUCAAAUAAUUUAGACGGUAAUAGUGCCCUAAUUAAAAAAAGAUUUUUGAAUCAAAAUGCAGCCUCUUCAUCAAGUAGUUCUGCGAAGAAACCUCAAGCGAAAGGUAAUACUCAGAGUACAGGCUCAGGUGGAGCAAGUACAGAUACAAGUGAACAAAAUGGAGCAAAUCUGGAGGGAUCUGUGAAUUCUACUAGUGAAAGUGGAAAUCCACCUCAAGAAGUAACUACAAAUGGAAGUAAUCCAGAUGGUUCAAGUAAAACAUUGCCAAAUUCAGGUAAUGCAAAUUCUGAAAGCGAAGGUUCAAAUCAUGAAGAAAGUGAUGAAGAAGAUGAUGAUGAUGAAGAUGAAGAUUUAUGUAAAUCUAAUAAUGGAGGUUGUGGAGAAGAUAAACUAUGUGAAAAUCUUGGAGAAGGUAAAGUGAAAUGUGUAUGUAAAGAAGGAUAUAAAUUAGUAAAUAAAGAGUGUGUGAAAAUAUCAGAAUCAUCUUCAUUAAAUUCAAUCUUCUCUACAUGUUUAAUUUUUUUUAUUGUUUUGAUAUCUAUAAAUUAA